UGGGAAAGAGCCUAUCUAGCUAUCUUGCUCUCACGGACUCAACGAUAUAGUACACCGCAUGCAUGUGAGCGAAAGAGAUAGCUAGAGAGCAGUGCGAGUGAAAGCUAGUUAGAGAGUGGCAAGGGUAGCUAGCUAGAGACACACAGGCGCACACGGAGAUACCAGAUAACCUUGUGACAGAAUGGCUCGCGCGCUAGUGCGAGUGCUGGUGCUGGCGGCGACGGCGGCGAGCCUCCUGCCGCUGUCGGCGUGCCAGGCGGCGACGACGUGCGAGGGGACGAGGCGCGGGCACCACCAGUACCGGCAGCCGGUGGGCGUGCGGCGGAUCGUGGUGGACGCGGCGGGCGGCGGCGACUUCCUCUCCAUCCAGAAGGCCGUGGACUCCGUGCCGGUGAACAACAGCGUGCGCGUCAUCAUGCAGAUCAACGCCGGCACCUACAUAGAGAAGGUGGUGGUGCCGGCGUCGAAGCCGUACAUCACGUUCGAGGGCGCCGGGCGCGACGCGACGGUGGUGGAGUGGCACGACAGGGCGGGCGACCGCGGCGCCGACGGGCAGCUGCUGCGCACCUACAACACCGCCUCCGUAACCGUCCUCUCAAACUUUUUCACCGCUAAGAACAUCAGCUUCAAGAACACAUCUCCAGCACCAAUGCCCGGCAUGGAAGGGUGGCAGGCGGUGGCGUUCCGCAUCUCCGGCGACAAGGCCUUCUUCUUCGGCUGCGGGUUCUACGGCGCGCAGGACACGCUGUGCGACGACGCCGGCCGGCACUACUUCCGGGACUGCUACAUCGAGGGCUCCAUCGACUUCAUCUUCGGCAACGGACGCUCCCUCUACAAGGACUGCGAGCUGCACUCGACGGCGCAGCGGUUCGGGUCAGUGGCGGCGCACGGGCGACACGGGCCGUGCGAGCGCACCGGAUUCGCCUUCGUCAACUGCCGGGUGACCGGCACGGGGAUGCUCUACGUCGGGCGAGCCAUGGGGCAGUACUCGCGGAUCGUCUACGCCUACACCUACUUCGACAACGUCAUCGCGCCCCGCGGGUGGGACGACUGGGACCACGCCAGCAACAAGAGCAUGACGGCCUUCUUCGGGAUGUACAAGAACUGGGGCCCCGGUGCGGAUGCCGUGCACGGCGUGCCGUGGGCGAGGGAGCUCGACUACUUCACCGCCCGACCAUUUCUUGGCAAGAGCUUCGUCAACGGAUUCCACUGGCUCUCACCGGAUGCCUGAACUCUCAAACAACUGCUUCCAGCACCACCAGAUUGCACCACACAAGAUAGUCAAGAUACACAUCACAAACAUAGAAACAUAGCAUAGAAAAUAGCACAGAUAUAAAGGAGAUAGUAGAGUACAGAUUCAUUUCGUCACUUCAUACUUCCAACGCUAGUUACUAGUACUCAGUAGAAACACAUUUGUGUGCCAGAGCUGCAGUGCUAACCAAAAGUGUUCAUGUACCAAUUUCUGAACUAAACAGGAAACUAAGAAUGAAUUCGUUA